AUGGAACAUGUCCUCUUGUACCGAGAUGAACAGUUUGAUCCAGAUGAACAGCAUCCAUCUUUUAAGAACCGGGUGGAUCUGCAGGACAGACAGAUGAAGGAUAGAGACGUGUCUCUGAUUCUGAAGAAUGUGACAAUUAAUGACACUGGAACAUACGAGUGUCGUGUCAUCAAUGGAAGACCAAACCGCGGAUGGGUUGCCCUUUUGAAGAACGAACCCAUUUGCAUCAUGUACCUGAGUGUUGUUGAUCCUCCAGGUGAAGGUAGAAAGAACCAACCUGGACCUCCACCCAGCUGUGUGUCCUUAAAGAGUGACCGGUCUAAUGAACAUUUCAUUAAUUUUAAAGACCAGCAGGCGUCUGCUGCAGAGAGGAUCCUUCAGAAACUCAAAACUGAACCUCCACCCAGCUGUGUGUCCUUAAGGAGUGACCGGUCUAAAAGUGAACCCAUUGAUUUUAAACUCCACCAGGAAUCUGCUGCAGAGAGAGUGGACCAGGAGAGCUCGGAGGUUCCCAGGGAUCAGUCUGCCCAACAGCAUCAAACAAACCUGGACUCCAUAUUUAUGCUGCUGGAGGACAACAUCAUCACUUUUGUGAAGAAUGAGCUGCAGAAGAUCCAUAAGGUUCUGAGUCCAGAUUACCCAGAAUGCUUAGAGAGUCAGAGGGAGGAGGAUGAACAGAGGAGGAGCAGCAGAGAGGCAUUUGUGAAGAUCACAGUGGACUUCCUGAGAAGAAUGAAGCAGGAGGAGCUGGCUGAGCAUCUGCAGAGAAAAAGCCUUGCUGAAGUUUGUCAUUGUAAACUCAAAUCUACUCUGAAGAAGAAGUUCCAGUGUGUGUUUGAGGGGAUCGCUAAAGCAGGAAACCCAACCCUUCUGAAUCAGAUCUACACAGAGCUCUACAUCACAGAGGGAGGGACUGCAGAGGUCAAUGAUGAACAUGAGGUCAGACAGAUUGAAACAGCAUCCAGGAAACCAGACAGACCAGAAACAACAAUCAGGCAAGAAGACAUCUUUAAAGCUUCACCUGGAAGAGAUGAACCAAUCAGAACAGUGCUGACAAAGGGAGUGGCUGGCAUUGGGAAAACAGUCUUAACACAGAAAUACAGCCUGGACUGGGCUGAAGACAAAGCCAACCAGGACUUCCAGUUCAUAUUUCCAUUCACUUUCAAAGAGCUGAAUGUGCUGAAAGAGGAAAAGAUCAGCUUGGUGGAACUUGUUCAUCACUUCUUUACUGAAACCAAAGAAGCAGGAAUCUGCAGCUUUGAAGACUUCCAGGUUGUGUUCAUCUUUGAUGGUCUGGAUGAGUGUCGACUUCCUCUGGACUUCCACAAAGCGACAAUCCUAACUGACCCUAGAAAGUCCACCUCAGUGGAUGUGCUGCUGAUAAACCUCAUCAGGGGGAAUCUACUUCCAUCUGCUCGCCUCUGGAUAACCACACGACCUGCAGCAGCCAAUCAGAUCCCUCCUGACUGUGUUGACAUCCUGACAGAGGUCAGAGGGUUCACUGACCCACAGAAGGAGGAGUACUUCAGGAAGAGAUUUAGCGAUGAGGAGCAGGCCAGCAGGAUCAUCUCCCACAUCAAGACAUCACGAAGCCUCCACAUCAUGUGCCACAUCCCAGUCUUCUGCUGGAUCACUGCUACAGUUCUGGAGGAUGUGCUGAAAACCAGAGAGGGAGGACAGCUGCCCAAGACCCUGACUGAGAUGUCCAUCCACUUCCUGGUGGUUCAGGCCAAAGUGAAGAAGGCCAAGUAUGAUGGAGGAGCUGAGACAGAUCCACACUGGAGUCCAGAGAGCAGGAAGAUGAUUGAGUCUCUGGGAAAACUGGCUUUUGAGCAGCUGCAGAAAGGAAACCUGAUCUUCUAUGAAUCAAACCUGACAGAGUGUGGCAUCGAUAUCAGAGCAGCCUCAGUGUACUCAGGAGUGUUCACACAGAUCUUUAAAGAGGAGAGAGGACUGUACCAGGACAAGGUCUACUGCUUCAUCCAUCUGAGUGUUCAGGAGUUUCUGGCUGCUCUUCAUGUCCAUCUGACCUUCAUCAACUCUGGACUCAAUCUGCUGGAAGAACAACAAACAACCUCCAAGAAGACAACUGUUAAAAACUGUAUUAAAACCCAUCUGAAGCUUCUGAAGGACACUGUGGAGAACAUCACCUUUGAUCGAGUCCAUCGUAAAGGAACCAGGAAAACUGGUGGCUGGAGACCAUGUCCUAUUGGAGCGAAAUACUGUAAUUUCAAACAGGAACAGGUUAAGAGUCACGGCACGGAGCUGAAGGAACAUAUUUCCAUAUCCAGGUGGAGGCUCAGUGAAUGUUUCCUCUCAGAGAGAAGCUGUGAACCUUUAUCCUCAGUUCUCAGCUCCCAGUCGUCUAAUCUAAGCUUCCUAGAUGCAAGCGUCAACAACCUGCAGGAUUCAGGGGUGAAGCUUCUGUCUGUUGGACUGCAGAGUCCACAUUGUACACUGGAAACUCUGAGACUGGGUGGCUGUUUCCUCUCAGAGAAAAGCUGUGAAUAUCUGUCCUCAGUUCUUAGCUCUCCAUUCUCUGGUAUGAGAGUGCUAGACCUGAAUAACAACAACCUCCAGGAUUCAGGAGUGAAGCUUCUGUCAGCUGCAGCUUCUGACCCCAAAAGACUGAGUGUUUGUAACCUGUCAGAGACAAGCUGUGAAGCUCUGUCCUCAGUCCUCAGCUCCCAGUCGUCUAGUUUGAGAGAGCUGGAUGCAAGCAACAACAACCUGCAGGAUUCAGGAGUGAAGCUUCUUUCUGUUGGACUACAGAGUCCACAUUGUACACUGGAAACUUUGAGACUGAUUGGCUGUAAUAUCACAAAGAAAAGCUGUGAAAGUCUGUCUUCAAUUCUUAGCUCCCAACCCUGCAGUCUAAGAGUGCUGGACCUGAGUGAUAACAACCUGCAUGACUCAGGAGUGGAGAUUCUGUCUGCUGGAGUGAGAAGUCCAUACUGUAAACUAGAAACUCUCAGUCUGUCAGGCUGCCUGAUCACAGAGGAAGGCUGUACUUCUCUGGCCACAGCUCUGAGAUCCAACCCCUCCUAUCUCCGAGAGCUGGACCUGAGCUACAAUCAUCCAGGAAACUCGGGAAUGAAGCUGUUGUCAGCUGGACUGAAGGCUCCACGCUGGAGACUAGACAUUCUCAGGGUGGAGCCUGCUGGAGUCCAAUGGUUGAGACCAGGUCUGAGGAAGUAUUCCUGUCAACUCACAAUCGACGCAAACACAGUAAAUAAAAACCUUAAAGUGUCUGACAACAACAGGAAGGUGACACAUGCUGACGAGGUUCAGUCAUAUCCUGAUCAUCCAGACAGAUUUGAUGUUUAUGAACAGCUGCUGUGUAGAGAUGGUCUGACUGGUCGCUGUUACUGGGAGGUGGAGUGGACAGGAGAUGUUGAGAUAUCCGUGAGUUCCAGAAAAAUCAGAAGGAAAGGAGACAGUACUGACUGUUUGUUUGGAUGGAACAAUCAGUCUUGGAGUCUCAUCUGCUUUGAUGAUCGUCCUCGUUCUGUCAGGCAAAAUAAGACAGAAAAAUUCAUAACCACCUCCUCCUACUCUGUCUCGAACAGAGUAGCGGUGUAUGUGAACUGUCCUGCUGGCACUCUGUCCUUCUACAGAGUCUCCUCUGACACUCUGAUCCACCUCCACACCUUCAACACCACAUUCACUGAAACUCUCUAUCCUGGGUUUUGGUUCAGGUCUCCUGGUUCGUCAGUGUGUCUGUGCUGAGUUGAGUGUAAAGAAAGUCCUCCUGUUGGAGAAACACUCUGACUGUUAAGUAGAAAAGAGCGUAGGCAAACAGUGUGUAACUAUUGCAGUGUUUAAAGUGUGUUCGAUGGAGGAGUACAGGGAGAUAGCCGCGGGCAGGAAUGAUUUCCUGUGUCGUUCACUGGUGCUUUUCUCACUGAACGUGCUCCUGUGAGUAGCCAGCAUGUCGUGGAGUGGGUGGGAGGUAUUAUCCAACAUUGUCUUUACCUUGGACAACAUCCGCCUCUCGGACACCACCCUAAGGGAGUCCAGCCCCAUCCCCACAACAUUACUGGCCUCAACGUGGUGUCCCAGCAUGCAACAGCAUAGAGGAUAGCACUGGCCACAACAGAGAUACAACACGAUAUGUGUUUGAGCAGUUAUGAUAUCAGGGACAAUCUAGACAUGUGUGACAAUACUGAACAUGUCACAUGACACACCUUAGACAUCAUGU